AUGGCGGACUUUGAUGGUGAAGAGUCUGGCUGCGAGGAAGAACUUGUACAGAUUAAUUCCCAUGCUGAGCUAACCUCACAUCUUCAGCAGCACCUACCCAAUUUAGCUUCUAUUUAUCAUGAACAUCUGAGUCAAGGUCCCUCUGUACAUAAACACCAGUACAACAGUAAUGCGGUGAUGGACAUCAACUUGGAUAACGUAUGCAAGAAAGGGAAUACUCUCCUGUGGGAUCUUGUUCAAGAUGAGGAUGCUGUUCACCUAUCUGAGGGUUUAAUCAAUGAAGCAGAGAAGCUUCUUUGUUCCUUGGUUUGCUGGUUUACAGACAGGCAGAUUAGAAUGCGUUUCAUUGAGGGCUGCUUGGAAAACCUUGCUAAUAACAGGUCUGUUGUUGUGUCUCUAAGACUUUUGCCUAAAUUAUUUGGGACCUUUCAGCAGUUCGGAAGCAGUUAUGAUACCCACUGGAUCACAAUGUGGGCAGAGAAGGAACUCAAUAUGAUGAAGCUUUUCUUUGAUAAUCUGGUGCACUAUAUCCAAUCAAUCCGUGAUGGGAGGCACAAACAUGUUUUGUACAGCCACAGUGCUGAGGUUCAAGUACGGCUUCAGUUUUUGACGUGUGUUUUCUCAACACUGGGAUCACCAGACCAUUUCCGGCUAAGUUUGGAGCAGGUAGACAUCUUAUGGCACUGCCUCGUAGAAGACCUGGAGUGCUAUGAUGAUGCAUUACACUGGUUUUUAAAUCAGGUGCGCAGCAAGGAUCAGCAUGCUAUGGGAAUGGAGACCUAUAAACAUCUGUUUCUGGAAAAGAUGCCCCAGCUAAAACCUGAAACAAUCAGCAUGACAGGACUGAACCUUUUUCAGCACCUUUGUAAUCUUGCUCGCCUAGCAACCAGUGCUUAUGAUGGGGGUUCAAAUUCUGAGCUGUGUGGCAUGGACCAGUUUUGGGGCAUUGCACUGAGAGCCCACAGUGGAGAUGUAAGCCGUGCUGCUAUCCAGUAUAUCAACUCCUAUUAUAUCAAUGGAAAAACUGGACUAGAAAAAGAGCAUGAAUUCAUUAGUAAGUGUAUGGAAAGCCUUAUGAUUGCUUCUGGUAACCUUGAGCAGGAUGCACAGUCAAGCCUCACCAUAAUAGAAAGAGGCCUCUUGAUGCUGAAAACACAUCUUGAAGCUUUCAGGAGACGGUUUGCCUACCAUCUAAGACAAUGGCAGAUCGAAGGAACUGGUAUCAGCAGUCACCUGAAAGCACUGAAUGACAAGCAAUCCUUGCCUCUUAGAAUUGUUUGCCAACCUGCUGGGCUUCCUGAUAAGAUGACUAUAGAAAUGUAUCCAAGUGACCAGGUAGCUGACCUGCGGGCAGAAGUUACUCACUGGUAUGAAAAUUUACAGAAAGAUCAGCUAAAUCAACAGCCUCAGCUUCAAGAGUUUGGACAGAGCAGCCGUAAAGGUGAUUUUCCUGGUGGUCUUAUGGGUCCUGUUCGAAUGAUUUCAUCUGGUCAUGAGUUGACGACGGAUUAUGAUGAAAAAACUCUCCAUGAACUGGGAUUUAAGGACAUGCAGAUGGUGUUUGUAUCAUUGGGUGCUCCAAGGCGGGAAAGAAAAGGAGAAGGCGUGCAGCUUCCAGCAUCAUGCCUGCCUCCCCCACAGAAGGAAAACAUCCCCAUGCUGCUUCUCCUACAGGAACCUCACCUUACCACUCUCUUCGACUUGCUUGAAAUGUUAGCUUCAUUUAAGCCUCCUUCAGGAGAAAUGAACUUGGAGGAUGUUGAGAGCGCUAGGUGUGAGGAGCUGCAUCUCCAUGCAGAGAAUCUAUCCAGGCGUGUAUGGGAGCUCCUGAUGUUGCUGCCCACGUGUCCCAAUAUGCUGCAGGCAUUCCAGAAUGUGUCUGAGGAGCAGGGAAAUGAUGGACCUUGUUGGAAGGACUUACUUCGCAUAAAAAGUGCCCACAAACUUCUCUAUGCUCUUGAAAUUAUUGAAGCUUUGGGCAAGCCAAACAGAAGGAUAAGAAGAGAGUCUACUGGUAGUUACAGUGAUUUGUAUCCAGACUCUGAUGAUUCCAGUGAAGAUCAGAUUGAAAACAGCAAAAAAAACACGUGGAGCUGCAAGUUUGUAGCUUCUGGCGGUCUACAGCAACUGAUUGAAAUCUUUAACUCUGGCAUUUUGGAGCCCAAAGAGCAUGAAUCGUGGACUGUGUGGCAGCUGGACUGCUUAGCAUGUUUGCUAAAAUUGAUAUGUCAGUUUGCCGUGGACCCGGCAGAUCUGGAUCUGGCAUAUCAUGAUGUCUUUGCUUGGUCGGGAUUAGCAGAGAGCCACAGGAAAAGAGCUUGGCCUGGAAAAUCAAGAAAGUCUGGUGCAGAUCAUUCAAAAGGCCUCCAUAUACCUCGCUUAACAGAGGUUUUUUUAGUACUGGUACAAGGAACGUGUAUGAUUCAGAGGUUGAUGUCUGUUGCCUAUACCUAUGACAAUUUAGCCCAAAGGGUACUGAAAGCCCAAUCUGAUCAUAGGUCAAGGCAUGAAGUUACACAUUAUUCAAUGUGGCUCCUGGUUAGUUGGGCUCAUUGUUGUUCUUUGGUGAAAUCUAGCCUUGCAGACAGUGAUAAUUUACAAGAUUGGCUCAAAAAAUUAACUCUUCUUAUUCCUGAGACUGCAGUUCGGCACGAAUCAUGCAAUGGUCUGUACAAGCUGUCCCUUUCUGGUCUGGAUGGCGGUGACUCAAUAAAUCGAUCAUUCUUGCUUCUGGCUGCAUCAACAUUAUUAAAGUUUCUUCCUGAUGCUCAAGCACUAAAACCCAUUCGGGUAGAGGAUUAUGAGGAAGAAACCAUUCUACGACCUGGAUGUAAAGAAUAUUUUUGGUUACUGUGUAAACUGAUAGAUAACAUUCAUGUCAAGGAUGCGAGCCAGACAACAUUGCUUGAUUUGGAUGCGUUAGCAAGACAUUUAGCCGACUGCAUUCGCAGCCGAGAAAUCAUGGACUACCAAGAUGGUAAUAUAGAAGAUGAUGGUAUGACAGGACUCCUCAGGCUUGCUACCAGUGUCAUCAAACAUAAGCCCCCUUUCAAAUUUUCAAGGGAAGGGCAGGAAUUCCUCAGAGAUGUUUUCAACCUCCUGUUCAUGCUACCCAGUCUUAAGGAUAGACGGCAGCCCAAAUGUAAAUCUCAUUCUUCACGAGCUGCAGCAUAUGACCUAUUGGUGGAGAUGGUGAAAGGCUCAGUGGAGAACUACAGACUAUUACACAAUUGGGUUAUGGCACAGCACAUGCAGUCUUCCCAUGCUCCCUACAAGUGGGACUACUGGCCACAUGAUGAUGUGCGAGCUGAGUGCAGGUUUGUUGGACUCACAAAUCUUGGAGCUACCUGUUAUCUGGCAUCCACCAUUCAGCAGUUGUACAUGAUACCUGCGGCCAGGCAAGCCAUCUUUACUGCUAAGUAUUCAGAUGAUAUUAAACAUAAAACAACCCUGCUGGAACUCCAGAAAAUGUUUACUUAUUUAAUGGAAAGCGAAUGUAAAGCUUAUAACCCAAGGCCGUUCUGUAAGACAUACACCAUGGACAAGCAGCCACUCAACACAGGAGAACAGAAAGACAUGACAGAGUUCUUCACAGACCUUAUUACUAAGAUUGAAGAAAUGUCUCCUGAGCUUAAAAACACAGUAAAGAGUUUAUUUGGUGGGGUCAUUACAAAUAAUGUUGUGUCUUUGGAUUGUGAACAUGUAAGUCAGACAGCUGAAGAAUUCUAUACAGUGAGAUGUCAGGUGGCUGAUAUGAAAAACAUAUAUGAGUCACUAGAUGAAGUCACUAUCAAGGACACAUUGGAAGGUGACAAUAUGUACACAUGCUCCCAAUGUGGAAAGAAGGUGCGAGCGGAGAAAAGGGCUUGCUUUUUAAGAAAUUGCCAAGGAUAUUAAGCUUUAAUACAAUGCGGUACACUUUUAACAUGGUCACCAUGAUGAAGGAAAAGGUCAACACACACUUUUCUUUUCCUCUGCGGCUGGAUAUGACUCCCUAUACAGAAGAUUUUUUAAUGGGAAAAAAUGACAGAAUAGAAGGUUUUAAAGAAGAGGGGGAGGAAGUGAAAGAGACUGAGAGCUACGAGUACGACUUAAUAGGGGUCACUGUUCAUACCGGUACUGCUGACGGUGGACACUACUACAGCUUCAUCAGGGACAUUGUGAAUCCCCAUGCUUAUAAAAAUAAUAAGUGGUAUCUUUUCAAUGAUGCCGAAGUGAAGCCAUUUGAUUCAGCUCAGCUUGCUUCUGAAUGUUUUGGGGGUGAAAUGACAACAAAAACAUAUGACUCUGUAACUGAUAAGUUUAUGGACUUCUCUUUUGAAAAGACUCACAGCGCUUACAUGUUGUUUUUAGGUGUGUGGAGCCAGAGGAGGAGUCCAGCAAGGAGGUGAAGUUUGAUGUUUCUUCAGAACUCCUAGAGUGGAUCUGGCAUGACAACAUGCAAUUUCUACAGGACAAAAACAUUUUUGAACACACAUAUUUUGGGUUUAUGUGGCAGCUGUGCAGCAGUAUUCCCAGCACCUUACCAGAUCCUAAAGCGGUGUCUUUAAUGACAGCCAAGCUUAGCACAUCAUUUGUUUUGGAGACAUUUAUCCAUUCAAAAGAAAAGCCCACCAUGCUACAGUGGAUUGAACUGCUGACAAAGCAGUUUAACAACAGCCAAGCAGCCUGCGAGUGGUUUUUGGACAGGAUGGCUGAUGAUGACUGGUGGCCUAUGCAGAUCCUUAUCAAGUGUCCCAAUCAGAUUGUGAGACAGAUGUUCCAGCGUCUUUGCAUACAUGUUAUUCAAAGGCUGAGAUCUGCACAUGCGCACCUCUAUCUUCAGCCAGGCAUGGAGGAUGGCUCUGAUGACAUGGAUGGGCCUGUGGAGGACAUAGGCAGCCGCUCUUGUGUUACUCGCUUUGUGAAAACAUUGCUUUCUAUCAUGGAGCAUGGUGUGAAGCCUCACAGUAAACAUCUGACUGAGUACUUUGCCUUCCUUUAUGAGUUUGUCAAGAUGGGAGAGGAAGAGAGCCAGUUUUUGCUGUCCCUACAAGCCAUAUCAACCAUGGUACAUUUUUACAUGGGGACCAAAGGGCCUGAAAAUCCACAGGUUGAAGUGUUGUCUGAGGAAGAAGAAGGAGAAGAGGAGGAGGAAGAAGACAUUUUGUCACUUGCUGAAGAAAAGUACAGGCCAGCGGCUCUUGAGAAGAUGAUCGCUCUCAUAGCGUUCCUGGUGGAACAGUCUCGUUCUGAAAGGCAUCUCACAUUGUCCCAGAAUGACAUGGCAGCUUUAACAGGUGGAAAGGGCUUUCCUUUUCUUUUCCAGCAUAUACGAGAUGGGAUUAAUAUCCGUCAAACUUGCAACCUGAUUUUUAGCCUUUGCCGGUACAACAACCGUCUUGCUGAACAUAUUGCAUCGAUGCUAUUUACAUCCAUAGCAAAACUGACCCCAGAGGCUGCUAAUCCUUUCUUCAAACUGCUGACCAUGAUCAUGGAGUUUUCUGGUGGGCCCCCAGGAAUGCCUCCUUUUGCAUCCUACAUUUUGCAAAGAAUAUGGGAGGUAAUUGAGUACAACCCAUCUCAGUGUUUAGAUUGGCUGGCAGUGCAAACUCCUCGAAACAAGUUAGCACACAGCUGGGUACUGCAGAAUAUGGAAAACUGGGUGGAGCGUUUCCUGUUGGCGCACAAUUACCCCAGAGUGAGAACAUCUGCAGCCUACCUGUUGGUGUCACUAAUUCCAAGCAACUCCUUUCGUCAGAUGUUUAGAUCCACGCGCUCUCUUCACAUUCCCACACGAGAUUUGCCCCUCAGCCCAGAAACCACAGUGGUACUUCACCAGGUUUACAAUGUCCUCUUGGGCCUCCUUUCUAGAGCAAAACUCUAUGUUGAUGCUGCUGUUCAUGGUACCACAAAGCUGGUACCCUAUUUUAGUUUCAUGACUUAUUGUUUGAUUUCCAAAACUGAAAAACUUAUGUUCUCCACAUAUUUCAUGGACCUGUGGAACCUCUUCCAGCCAAAGCUGUCUGAGCCAGCCAUAGCCACAAACCACAACAAGCAAGCGCUGCUUUCCUUUUGGUACAAUGUCUGUGUUGACUGUCCGGAGAAUGUGCGCCUUAUUGUUCAGAAUCCUGUGGUGACCAAGAAUAUUGCCUUUAAUUAUAUCUUGGCGGAUCAUGAUGACCAAGACGUGGUGCUCUUCAAUCGUGGCAUGCUGCCAGCUUAUUACGGCAUUCUUCGCAUGUGCUGUGAACAGUCUCCUGCCUUCACCCGUCAACUUGCCUCACAUCAGAACAUUCAGUGGGCCUUUAAAAACCUUACGCCGCAUGCCAGUCAGUACCCUGCGGCUGUAGUAGAAGAGCUGUUUAAUCUCAUGCAGCUCUUUGUAGCUCAGAGACCAGACAUGAGAGAGGAAGAGCUGGAAGAUAUCAAACAGUUUAAGAAAACUACAAUAAGCUGUUACUUGCGUUGUUUGGAUGGCCGCUCCUGCUGGACAACUUUAAUAAGUGCCUUUAGAAUAUUGUUGGAGUCCGAUGAAGACAGACUUCUUGUUGUAUUCAACAGAGGAUUGAUCUUAAUGACUGAGUCUUUUAACACUUUGCAUAUGAUGUACCAUGAAGCUACAGCCUGCCAUGUGACUGGAGACUUAGUGGAGCUUUUGUCCAUAUUCCUGUCUGUCCUCAAGUCCACACGUCCCUAUCUACAGAGAAAAGAUGUUAAGCAGGCCCUGAUUCAGUGGCAGGAACGAAUUGAAUUUGCUCACAAACUCUUAACCUUGUUAAAUUCCUACAGUCCUCCAGAACUGCGAAAUGCCUGCAUAGAUGUCCUAAAAGAACUCGUGCUGUUGAGUCCUCAUGAUUUUUUGCACACACUUGUUCCAUUUUUACAGCACAACCAUUGUACAUACCAUCAUAGCAACAUCCCAAUGUCUCUUGGUCCAUACUUCCCGUGCCGUGAAAAUAUGAAACUCAUUGGAGGAAAAAGCAAUAUUCGCCCCCCUCGUCCAGAGCUUAACAUGUGCCUCUUGCCCACAAUGGUUGAAUCCAGCAAGGGUAAAGAUGAUGUAUAUGACCGCAUGCUGCUAGAUUACUUAUCUUCAUAUCACCAGUUUAUUCAUCUCCUUUGCCGUGUAGCAAUCAAUUGUGAGAAGUUUACCGAAGCUUUGAUAAAGCUGAGUAUCCUAAUUGCAUAUGAAGGGCUCUCAUUACAUCUUGCAUUAUUUCCUAAACUCUGGACAGAAUUAUGCCAAACACAGACUCCACUGGCAAAAAACUGCAUCAAGUUGCUGUGCGAGGAUCCUGUUUUUGCAGAAUAUAUUAAAAGUAUUCUAGUGGAUGAGCGCGUUUUCAUCAACAACAAUGUGGUAUACACAUUUCUCACUCAUUUCCUGGUAAAGGUUCAAAAUCAGGUCUUCUCAGAAACCAACUGUGCAAGCCUCAUUAACACCAUUAUUACACAUGUCAUUAAUCAGUAUCAAAAUGUGGAGUCUGAUUUUAUCAGCAGGAUUGAAAUUUCCAAAGCAAGCAGCACUUUAAAUGGGGAUCUCAGAGCAUUGACUCUGCUCCUCUCGGUUCACACUCCAAAACAGAUCAACCCAGCCUUAAUACCAACUUUACAAGAUCUCUUAAGCAAAUGUAGAGCCUGCCAGCAGCAAAGAACCUCAUUACAAGAGCAAGAAUCCAAAGAAGGUAAAACAAAAGAUGAUGAAGGUGCUACUCCAGUAAAACGGCGACGAGUUAGCAGCGAUGAAGAACACAUGGUUGAUAGCUGUAUGACUGAUCUGAAAACGGAGCGCGAAGCAUCUACUCCCACAAGCACAUCUGACAAUGAGACAAGAGACUCUUCAAUUAUUGAUCCAGGAACAGAGCAAGAUCCACCUUCACCAUCACCACUGUCUGCUAAAGAAUACAGAAUAGAAGUGCCGUCAUCUCUCCCAGAAGACAUACUGCCUGCAAGGCCACAGCCAACAGAUGAGCAGCCUGGCUGCAGCAUGAAGUUCGAAGAGAGCAAAGAAGUGGAAGAGCUCCAGAGCCCAAAGGAGACAAAUGUAACAGAAGAGGACAGCGAGCUCCCUUCCACUUCCAUUUCUGCAGUACUAGCUGACUUGGCAGACUUGAGGAGCUGUGAUGGACAGCCAUCUCCCACGCAGGACAGUCAGGAGCUCAGCCUGUCACUUAACUGCGAGCAUUCCAGGGGACUUUUUAGUCAUGUACAACAAAAUGACAUUUUAGAUACCCUGUGCAGGACCAUCGAGUCCACCAUUCUUGUGGUCUCAAGGAUAUCAGGAAAAGAAAACAAAGCUGCUUCUUGA